UUUGAUGGAAAACUGCAAACAAAGUGAAUGUCGUAAUCACUGAUUGUUUACUAAUUUAUCAAAUGUUUAACUAUUCAUUAAAUUUUAUUUUAAUUAAUUGAUUGAUCUAUUAAUGACUAUUUUAAUAGCAAUAAUAUAAUUGAUUUAAUGAACUCACUGUUGAUUACAGUAUUUAUUAAUAAUUUUGUGCAAACACUGCGUUGAAAACCAUUUGACCCGUUGGUGGACAUGGAGUACGAUGAAGAAGAUGAAGAUAUCAUUUAUAAUAAUAUAUCGGAUUCAGGAAAUGAGUCGACAGAUGAAGAAGACGACGGACUGUCUGUUGCUUUAGAUGUCGAACCCAUCGGUGGUCAUCAUAAAGAAAGGAUGGACAUCGAUGAAGAUUUUCCUUUUGAAGUACUCACCACUGACUCGAUUGUCGAGCAUAUGAUUGAAUCCAUCAGAGAUGUCAAUACAGUAGUUCAGCUUCCGCCGACAAUAACCCGUAUUUUGUUGAAUCACUUUAAAUGGGAUAAAGAAAAACUCUACGAAAGGUAUUACGACGGCGACCAAAACGAGUUGUUUUCUGCCGCACAUAUCGUGAACCCCAACUCUGAGCUAAACGUCAGCAAACAAAUUAAGAAAAAUAGUCACAACGGUAUGGAAACUUGUAUUAUCUGUUGUCGAGAUCUGCCUUCUUCUUUGAUGACUGGUCUGGCAUGUGGUCAUCGUUUUUGUAAAGAAUGUUGGGUAAACUAUUUGACCACAAAGAUCAUAGAGGAAGGACAGGGUCAGAAAAUAUCAUGUGCUGCUCAUGCAUGCGAUAUUUUAGUUGACGACCAAACUGUAAUCACUCUGAUUACAGAACCUAAAGUAAAACUUCGUUAUCAGCACCUCAUCACCAAUAGUUUUGUUGAGUGUAAUCGACUUCUGCGGUGGUGUCCGAAACCCGAGUGCUCUCAUGUGAUACGAGUUUCUUAUGUGGACUUUCAACCUGUUAAGUGUGUUUGCGCUACUGUUUUCUGUUUUGUUUGUAGUGAGAAUUGGCACCAACCGGUUAAGUGUGAUCUCCUUAAGAAAUGGAAGAAAAAGUGCGACGACGAUAGCGAAACAUCCAAUUGGAUCGCCGCCAACACUAAAGAGUGUCCCAAAUGUCAGGUGACAAUUGAAAAGGAUGGCGGAUGUAAUCAUAUGGUAUGUAAGAACCAGACGUGUAAAGCCGACUUCUGUUGGGUUUGUUUGGGUCCGUGGGAACCACACGGCUCGUCGUGGUAUAGUUGUAAUCGAUAUGAUGAAGACGAGGCUAAAGCAGCCAGAGAUGCACAGGAGAGGUCCAGAGCUGCACUCCAGCGCUACCUUUUCUAUUGUAAUCGUUACAUGAAUCACAUGCAAAGUCUUAAAUUUGAGAACAAGUUAUACGCGUCCAUAAAGGAGAAGAUGGAGGAAAUGCAACAGCACAACAUGUCCUGGAUUGAGGUCCAGUUCCUCAAGAAAGCAGUUGAUGUAUUGUGUCAGUGCCGACAAACCCUUAUGUAUACCUAUGUAUUUGCUUAUUAUCUCUUGAAAACAAACCAAUCGAUUAUUUUUGAAGACAAUCAAAGAGAUCUCGAGAGCGCCACAGAAAAACUUUCAGAAUAUUUAGAAAGAGAUAUAACUCAUGAAAAUCUGUCCGGAAUUAAACAGAAAGUUCAGGACAAAUACAGAUAUUGCGAGAGUAGACGUAAAGUGCUUUUACAACACGUCCAGGAAGGCUAUGAUAAGGAGUGGUGGGAAUAUACCGUCAAAGUUGAUAGAGUCUGAGUUUGACACAAACUAUACACAUAUUGUUUCAUCUAUUUCUUUCAAAUAAUAAAUUAUUUGCAGUCAAUUUUAUUAAUAAUAAUAAUAAUGAUAAAAAUAAUAAUAAACAAAGAUUUAAGUUAACAAAUUAUGAAACAAUAAUAAUACCGAAACUUUAAUUAAAGUAAUAAUCAUAAAUUGAUUAAUAAUAGCAAAUGUUAACUAUUUAGUUAUAAACAACAAACGAAUGGCAAUUUGCGCCUAAAUAUAGUUAAAUACAUAUAUCUAUUAAAAUUGUAUGAAAUCUACUUUUUUAUACAAAACAUCAUUACGUUUGUGUAAAAUAUGCCAACUCUUUGUCCGAAUCUUUACUUAUGGUUUUGUUCGUCUCUUUCUCUUAUU